AUGCUUCGUCGUUCCCGAUCGGCCCGUUCGGCCGGGAGCACACAAUCUCACGUGGACUUUGUGGACCAAGUUAAUCGGGUUUUGUGUGCAGGCAGUGGUGUUGAGGAUGAUAAGGAUGAGCUGGAGGAGGAAUUAGCUAAUUUGGUGGGGGAACCCGUUCCGAAAGAGAACUCAGACCCGAAGACUCAAGAUGAAGAACUGGCCGAAGAGCUUGAAGCCAUUUUACAAGCAUAUGCACCGGAUACCAAUCCCGAAAAAUCAGAAACAAACCGUUCUUCUGGUUCGCAUAUACGGAAACCCAUGCUGGCCGAAUCUUCCACCAGCGGGACUAGCGAACAGGAAGUCGAGAAACGAUGUGUGUCAGAUGCGGUCCAAGUCGAUUUGACCCCAUAUACAGAUAAGGCGGGCGUCAAUAUGACCACAACUGAGCAACAGAGUCUUGUUCGAGCCGCUCGGGUGAAACGCGUGAUCGAUAUGCUGGACCAGCGUCGUCAAGAAUUGCUAGGUGAAAUGGAGCUAGCCAAACGCCACAUGAUCGGGGCGCAAAACGUGACGACCAUCAUCAAAGCAGUCGAAGCCGGACAGCCGGUCGAUCUAACUCAAUUGCCAUCCAAACCCAGUCUGAACACAGUUUUCAACGGACCGAUUUUGGGUGGAAUAGCAUGUGAACCACCAGCUUUGGUUCGAUUAGAUUUGGAAAACGCUGCCGAUUCCACGGAACAAGAAAAAAUACUUGUCAGCAUGUUAAAAUCCCAAGUGAGUGAAGCCAUGCAACUGGCCCAAGAACAGACACGAAUGAAAUCGCCCCGAACAGCCGAGGAGUUGACUGAUAUAGCCAACGGUUCACAGUCGACCGUCUCCAUGCUCAGCGUCCAACACAAACGUCCGGUGUCCUUGAUUCCCCAAUUCCGUAAGGCUACACUGCCAAUCAUCAAUAAAAAUGGGGACAUGAAAGAAGGAGUGGUGGAAAUCACAGUUUGUUGGGGUGUGAAGGCCAACUCGUUGACCACAUCUGACGCGUUUCAACUUCCGGCCAGUCAAAUGCAAAUCCUGUUCCCUUAUCCAUCCGAGAAUGACGGACAGAGUCAUUUUAGCACGAAAGCCCCAUUCAGCAAUCGUUACUCUCGCGGUCGAGUCGCACAGGAGCUUCGUAUUAAUACAGUGAACUGGUUUGUUAGACGCUUGGCUUCCAUUCGCCUGAAUCCGCACGAGGAAAUGGCUAUCUUUGAGGGACCUACCAUGGUGAGAUUAUACACUUCUUCCGGAUAUUACCACGUGGAUCAAUUAUCGUUUGCUGAGGAACAAUUGCACCAGGCUGGUUCGUGA